CAGGAAAAGGUCAACAAAUCUGCCAUGGAGGGACAGUGCCCUGCAGGAAAGCAAAAGCUCCCAACUGGAGACUUGUUUCAUGCCGCAGUGUCUGGAGAUCCUGAGUGGCUGUGUUUAUGUCUGGAGAGAGUGCAGUCACCAAACCAGCAGCUGAAUAAACAGGGUCUUACAGUGCUCCACGUGGCCGCUCAACAUGGUCAACUAAAUUCCUUGAAGCUGCUUCUGGAAUCUUGUACUGUGGACGUGAAUGCAAGAUGUCCGCAUGGCCGGACACCAUUACACAUGGCACUGAGCCCAGAGAGCAAACCAAACUCUCACUGCUGCCUCACAUAUCUGCUGAAACAUGGAGCAGAGCCCAAUGUUUCCACAGAUGAAGGACUGACCCCACUGCACAUGGCAGCAGCUGAAGGCCUGAGAGAGUGUGUUGAAGCGCUGCUUCGGGUUGGAGCAGACACUCACGCACGUGAUAGCCGAGGACACACACCACUUGAACUUGCUUGCCUGUGGGGUCACAGGGUUGUUGCCAGGAUUCUUAAAAACGCAAUGUGGCAUACUGAUAAGAAGCGAGACAUGGAGAAACGCCAAGAACUACAGAACCUCAAACAGAAUAUGAUCAGGAUGCACAGAAAAGCAGAGGGAAUGCAGAAGUUAGCCAGAGAGGCCAUGAACAAACAGAAAGUGUCCGAGUGGGCUGAGAGGAAGGGUCUUCCCUGUCUCAAGUCUCCUACAACAGGCUUGUGGACAUUAAGUCAUCGCUGCUGCCAUUCUGCUAAGCCUGUCAAAAAACAUCAUGCAAGUGAGUCAAGAGAAAUAUGGAACAUCUCACUAAAUCCAUCAAGACCUCCUCCAGCAAACAUCAACAGAUCUAAGACGGUGAGAAUCGGUGUCCAUCCAGAGAAAGCUGUAGAUGAGCCUGAUCUGCAGCAGUGUGUGACUCUGCACUGUUUUGGAAAUAGGCACAUCCAAUACACCACGUCAUGGGAUGAUGUUCCACAGCCGGUACCCGAUCUACCACUGGAUGUCAUUCAGAAAGGUCUGUUUCCAUCCAAGUUUCCCUCUCGAAUUGCUGGUCCACUUCAGUUCCAGUGCAGCAGCGUGCUGGAUGUGCCUCAUCGAGGAAGUAAUCAGGGAACUAAAGCUUCUCCUUGGACCGAAGUGGCAAUGCAUCUGGCUGAGGAUUUCCAGAACCUUCCUGGCCAUUACUGAACACUUCAAUCACUGGACUGACUGAACAGGGCUGGGGUGGUCAAUCCAGCCACAGGCAGAACU